AUUUGAUAUUUUAACAUUGAUAAAAUGAAAAUUUUUAAAUAAUAGUAUAGGUGAUUUAUUAUAUUACAUACGGAAUUUAAUUUCAAUUUUGCUAAAUAUUUCUCCUGUAUCUUUAUUUUUUGAUGACGAAAAUUUUUUAAAAUUCGAUUUUUUUAGCUUCCAGUUUGUUACUACUCUUAAUUCAUUUUCAUGGAACCUGAAACUAAUCAACAAUCUGCUGGACCACAAUUAUGUAAGUCAGGUUGUGGGUUUUAUGGUAGCUCUUCAACUGAUGGUCUGUGUUCCAAAUGCUAUAAAGAUACUACCGUUACCACUCAGUCUUCUAUAGGCCCCUCCAUAACAUUAUCAUCAACUUCUAAUCAAAACUAUAACCUCUCCUCAAAAGAACUACGGUCUGAUCAGAUAAAUGAAGUUUUAAAUCUAUUAUCAAAUUCAUCAAAAUCAUCCCUUCUUUUAAAAAAUCACAAAGAUUUAACUAAUUCUAAUCGCCUGUUAGAUUUUUCAAAUAUUAAUGUUAAUGCAGACGAUAAAUCAUAUGCAGAUGAAGAUAAACAUAAGACAAAUUUUUUAGAAAAUGUUAAUAGUCAAGCCUUAUCAGAAGACACAAAUGAAAAUUCUAAUUUAGAUAAUCUUAUUAACCAGUCAGAUAUUUCUCUUGAUAGCAAUUCCUUAAAUAGUCAUAGCUGCAAUCAAAAUGAUGAUGAAAAGCAGGAUAUGGAUAUUUUAGAAUCAAAUUUAUCAUCCUCAUCACCAAAUGCCUUAGCCACUGCCUCCUCACAUAAGAUUAAAUCUAACAGAUGUUAUUUUUGUCGUAAAAAAAUUGGUUUAUCAGGUUUCCCUUGUCGUUGUGGUGGAAAUUUUUGUUCCAUUCAUAGAUAUUCAGACAAACACAAUUGUAAUUUUGAUUAUAAAGAAUUAGCGCAAUCAGAAAUUCGUAAAAAUAAUCCAGUAGUUCAAGCUCAAAAAAUUCAAAAAAUAUGAAUGUAUUUAUCAAAUUUAGAAUAUGUCAAUUUUUUUCAUUAAUUUGUCUGAAAAGUUGUCUAUGAAAAUAUAAUAAUGGAAUAUCCUCUUUUCAUUCAUGAUUGAAUGUACAUAAUUUUUAUUAAAAAUUGCAAUCUUUUUUAAUAUAUAUCUCAAUUCUUUUUAUUAUGUGAUAAUAAAUUAUAAACCUUUAACUUAUUAAUACUAUACCUCAAAUUUAAAAUUAUUAAGUAUUAGCAUAUAUGGUUGUCUUUUUGUUUAAUAAAUUUUUCAAACUAAUAGAUUAGUUUUAAAAAAUUACAAUUUAAUGGUCACAAUGUUUA